GGCGACGGUGGCCGGGCGGAGCCAAACCGCGUCGGGCGAACGAGCGAGCGAGAAGGACGGCUGGUCCCGGCACAGCCGGGUUUGGCGUGGAAGGCGACGAGAUGCUGGAGGCGGCCGGGCCGGACCCGGAGCUGGACCCGGAGGACCUGGUGCACUUCUCGGUGGGCGACCUGCCCAGCCGCGGCUACGGGGUGAUGGGAGAGAUCAGGAGGCAGGGGAAGCUGUGCGACGUGACCCUCAAGGUGGGAGACCACAAAUUCAGCGCCCACCGCAUCGUCCUGGCGGCCUCCAUCCCUUACUUCCACGCCAUGUUCACGAAUGACAUGAUGGAAUGCAAGCAGGAUGAAAUCGUCAUGCAGGGCAUGGAUCCGAGCGCACUGGAAGCUCUGAUCAACUUUGCCUACAACGGGCAUUUGGCCAUAGACCAGCAAAAUGUCCAGUCCCUCUUGAUGGGAGCUAGUUUCCUGCAGCUGCAGAACAUUAAGGACGCCUGUUGCUCCUUCCUCAAAGAGAGGCUUCACCCCAAGAACUGCUUGGGCGUGCGCCAGUUUGCGGAGACUAUGAUGUGCGCCGUCCUGUACGACGCGGCCAACAGCUUCGUCCACCAGCACUUCGUGGAGGUCUCCAUGUCGGAGGAAUUCUUGGCUCUGCCUUACGACGAUGUCCUGGAGCUGACCUCCAGGGAUGAACUCCACGUGAAGUUGGAGGAGCAGGUCUACGAAGCCGCCCUGGCCUGGGUCAGGUACGACCGUGAACAGCGGGAGGCCUGCCUGCCGGAGCUCCUGUCCAGAAUCCGGCUGCCCCUCUGCCGGCCACAGUUCCUGACUGACCGUGUGCAGCAAGAUGACCUCGUCCGCAGCUGCCACAAGUGCAGGGACCUCGUGGAUGAAGCCAAAGACUACCACCUCAUGCCCGAGCGUCGGCGACCUCUCCUCGCUUUCAAGACGCGGCCCCGUUGCUGUACGUCCAUCGCGGGUUUGAUUUACGCCGUGGGAGGGCUCAAUUCAGCAGCAGCAAAUUUCUACGCAGGCGACUCUCUGAACGUGGUGGAAGUCUUCGACCCCGUAGCCAACCACUGGGAGAAGUGCCAGCCAAUGACCACGGCCCGCAGCCGGGUGGGCGUGGCCGUGGUGAAUGGGCUCUUGUACGCCAUUGGCGGAUACGACGGGCAGUGGCGGCUGAGCACCGUGGAGGUGUACAACCCCGAGACCGAUUCGUGGUCCAGAGCGGGCAGCAUGAACAGCAAACGGAGUGCGAUGGGAACUGUAGUCCUGGACGGACAGAUCUAUGUUUGUGGGGGCUACGACGGAACCUCCUCCCUGAACUCGGUGGAGGCCUACUCGCCCGAGACAGACAAGUGGACGUCGGUGACACCUAUGAGCUCCAAUCGCAGCGCGGCCGGCGUCACGGUCUUCGAAGGCCGCAUCUUCGUCUCCGGCGGACAUGAUGGCUUGCAAAUCUUCAAUAGCGUGGAAUACUACAACCCCCACACCGCCUCGUGGCACAGCGUGGCCAGCAUGUCGAACAAGCGUUGUCGGCACGGGGCGGCCUCCCUGGGCAGCAAACUCUUCGUCUGCGGCGGCUACGACGGCUCAGCCUUCCUCAGUGUCGCCGAGGUCUACAAUUCGGCCUCCGAUCAGUGGUACCUUCUGGUGCCCAUGAACACCCGGCGUAGCCGCGUCUCCCUGGUCACCACCGGCGGCCGCUUGUACGCCGUGGGCGGCUACGACGGACAGUCCAACCUCAGCUCGGUAGAAAUGUACGACCCGGAAAGCAAUCGCUGGACGUUCGUGGCGCCCAUGGUGUGCCACGAGGGAGGGGUGGGGGUGGGCUGCGUCCCACUGAUGGCCAUUUGAGGGGACAGGCCGGGGGUGCCACGUGCAUUGCAUGCAAAAACCGUGGGAGGGGCCGAGCUGAGGGGGAACAUUGUUUCAAGGUGUGCUUGAGGUGUGGCCCCCUUUCCCCACCCCCCCUACACACACACACACACACACACACACACACACACACACCCCUCCAUGGGCUGUCAACGGGGGUGGGGAUUCUUGAGAUCCCACGGAAUUGGGUCAGUACAAAGAGUUGGGGGGGGGGCGUGUGAUAAAGGAAAGCUGCUGCCCCUCGGCCAAAUGUUGUGGUUGUUGCCUCAGGCUUUGUGGUUAUGUAGGAGGGAGGGGUGGCGGGUGAGAAAAGAUGGGGAGGAGGAAGAGGAGAAAAAUCAAAAGUAUUGUUAGUACUGAUCAAUUCAGUCUUUUCUCCUCCUUCUCCUUUUCCCUCCUUCUUCUUCUCCCUUCUCCUCCUCCUCAUUCUCUUUCUCCUUCGCUUUCUUCUCCUUCCUUCAGCUUCUCUCUUCCUCUUCCUCCUCCUCUUCCCCUUUUCCUUUUCUUCCUUCUUCUUCCUGCCUCCUUCUUUCUUCCUCCUCCUCCUCUUUCUUUCUUCUCUUUCGCCUUCUUCCUUCUACUUUUCCUCCUCCUCUUCUUCCCCUUCCCCUUUUUCUAUCUUCCCCUUUUCUCUUCUUCCUCCUCCUCCUUCUCUUUCCUUCUUCUUUUCCUUCUCCUCCUUCUCCUUCCUUCUUCUUUUCCUCCUCCUCUUCUUCCCCUUCCCUUUUUUCUAUCUUCCCCUUCUCUCUUCCUCCUCCUCCUCCUCCUCUUUCUUCUCUUUCCCCUUCUUUCUUCUUCUUUUCCUCCUCUUCCUCCCUCCUUCCCCUUCUCCUUUUUCUUUCUUCCCCUUCUCUCUUCCUCCUCCUCCUUCUCCUUCCUUUUUCUCUUUUCCUCCUCCUCCUCCCCCUGAGAAGGCUGAGGGACCUUCCUCCCCCUCUGAAUGUGAAAAACACUACAAUGGCAAGCAAAAUAACUUUUGUUUAAGUGCAUCUGGUACCCCGCCACCCUGACCAGCAUAUCAUACCAUAGUUUGGGAUAAACGUAUGGAUUUCUAGCACAUUCCGCCGUUUCCUCACCCACUUGUGGCAGGACCUCCCGAGGAAGUUGGCACGGUUCGACAAACAGCCUUCUCUAACAUGGUCCCCAACCUUCGGGAUGGACCACACCUCCCAUAAGUACCUAACGAUAUGGCCUGUGUAGGGACCAUCUGGGUUUAUCACGAACACCCCGAGUUUGGAAAAUUGGUUUUGAUUUGCAACUUCCUUGCUUACAGUCAAAAUUCAGGAUAGGUUCCCCAUCGUUCACCUUCGGAGGUAGCGUUCAGCUCGGGCGUAACAACAAGCCGAGAUGAAGCUUGCAUCCCAAAAAAGUAAGCCUUCUGAAGAUCACGAUUCCCCGAACAUCUUGCAAAACCAAGGUUGUGGUUUGAAAUUUAACUCUAAUCUGCUUCAGAAGCUGAAUGUAGCACUGUGGCUCUUUAAAGCAACCGCUUCGUUUCCCGAGCGUUAGCAAUCUCAGUGCAGUUUUGGGAACGAACUCAAUACGGGUAGUCCUCGACUUACCAUUGAGUCCAGAAUUUUAUGUGGCUAAGUGAGGAAUUGAUUGAAGUGUGCCCUAUUUUCUUGCCACAUUUGUUAAGCGGAUUGCUGCAGUUGUUAAGUGAAUCUGGUCAUUAACUGAAAUGGUCAUUAAGUGAAUCUGGCUUCCCCGUUCACUUUGCUCGUCAGAAGAUCACAAAAGGGUGACCCUGGGACACUGCAACCGUCAUAAAUACGAGUCAGUUGUCCAAAGUCUGAAUUUUGAUUUCGUGACUGUGGGGAGGCUGAAGUGUGAAUAUUGGUCGAAAGUCAGUUUUUCAGUCCCCGUUGUAACUUCGAACAGUCACUAAGCAGACUGUUGUAAGUCAAGGACUGCCUAUAUUUUACUCAGCCUUGCUGUGUCUCAUUCAGACGCAAGUCUGCCAGCUAAAGUAUCCAUCCUGAAUUUGGAAAGGGGGAAAAUAUAUAUAUAUAUGUAUAUCUAUAUAUAUAUAUAUAUAUAUAUACAUAUACAUAUAUAAUAUGUAUAUGUAUAUGUAUAUGUAUAUGUAUAAAAACCUUGGUUACGUAGGGAAAACCUGGCUAGAAGAAAUAUAUAUAUAAUAUAUAUAUAUAUAUAUAUAUUAUCAGAAAUCAUUUUGUGGUAGGCUCAGGAAUUCAUUGGAUCUGGUUCUCUUAACAAAACCGCACAACUUGCAACCAGAAACUUCUAUGUUUGAUUGGCACAGAAAUGAAUUCCCUGUCCCUGUAAUUCUGAUUUAAUUCUGGUUGACUUAUCUCAACCCAAGUAUCUGGUUUCUGAUUCGAUCCACUGCAGAAGGAAGUGGGGGGGUGGGAUGGGGGGAGAGGAAAAAAAAAACUCCUGAAACUCUAAAUUUUAUGUUUUGCAUUCAUUGGGUUUUCCUUUCAGUUUUGCUGCUAACAAGGCAAACUUAACAAUUUGCUGCACAAUUGUUAACGGCUGUCCUUGAACGAAGCCAGGAAUCGAGCUAGGGAAGUCAAAACAAUUGGGUAAAAUAAACAAGAUUUCCCGGUUGGGGGGCGCGGGGGGUGGAGGAAAUGUACAAAUCUUCACAUACACAAAUACCAUCCUUCCCCUGAUGUUUAAUAGGUUGCGUAAGAAAGAGUGGACGGGGGG